GCAGAUCCAACCCUGCGGCUGCCAGACAGCAAGGAAGCCAGAUUCCCAGAGAUGCCUCCAAAAUCUGUGAGAGUCACUCCAUCGCGCGGAGCAGGCACCUCCAGUGCAGCUCCGCGACCCAAAAUGAAACCAGCAACCCCCUUCGCAGUAAAACCGAUCAGCGCUUUCUACGUCUUUCUGGGAGCCAACAUACUUGCGGCAAUCUAUGCACCGAUCCAAGACUGCGACGAGACCUUCAAUUACUGGGAGCCGACACACUACCUUAGCCAUGGCUAUGGCUUGGAGACUUGGGAGUACUCGCCCGAGUAUGCGAUUCGAAGCUGGACAUACGUUGCUCUACAUGCGUUGGUUGGAAGCUUUAGACGCUUGCUACCAUUUCCAACCAAGGCUGCAGAAUUCUAUUUCAUCCGAUACAUUCUAGCUUUCAUUUGCGCUCUGUGCCAAACUCAAUUGUUCAGGGUCAUCAACAACACGUUCAAUCCCCGCAUUGCCUUGUUCUUCAUGAUGGCGAUGAUAUUCAGCCCAGGAAUGUUCCAUGCAUCUGUGGCCUUCCUCCCAUCUAGCUUUGCCAUGUACACAACAAUGCUUGGAAUAGCCGCAUUCAUGAAUUGGAGGGGAGGACUGAAGACGGCGCAAGGCAUCUUUUGGUUUGCAGUCGGAGGAAUACUGGGAUGGCCGUUUUCCAUUGCCCUAUCAGCACCAUUCUUGUUUGAGGAGCUCCUGUUUGCAUUUCUAAGCAAUAAGGAUGCUUUAGUUGAUGCUAUCAUACGCUUCGCUCGAGGCUUUGUUGCGGCGCUCCUUGUUCUUUUAUUCGAAUUCCUGGUCUCAGGUUUCUUCUAUAGGAAAGCUGUACUUGUCCCUUUAAACAUCGUCUUAUAUAAUGUGUUUAGUGGUCCAGGACGAGGUCCCGAGAUAUUCGGUACUGAGCCGUGGCACUUCUACAUACGAAACCUUCUUCUCAAUUUCAAUAUCUGGUUCGUUCUUGCUGUUGCAUCUCUACCACUAUUCGCAUUACAAAAGAUAUUCUCACGGUCUUCACGAGAAGGCGGCGCCGUGACUGGCCUUCGAACCAUCGUCUUCAUGUCUCCCUUUUACCUGUGGCUGGGCAUUUUCAGCUUUCAACCACAUAAAGAGGAGCGGUUCAUGUACCCGGUUUAUCCUGCGCUUGCACUGAAUGCUGCAAUGGCACUUCAUAUUAUCCUGGCGGCGUUUGGCAGAUCAGAUCCCAAAUCUCUUGUUGGAAAGAUUCCGGCAAGAUUAAAACUGCUAGUUGUCAGUACUGUUAUUGUUGGAUCUUUGGAUAUAGGCCUUAGCCGAAUAUAUGGUAUCUACACCGCAUAUUCGGCGCCAAUGAAGAUCUACGAACCUCUGCAGAGCGGAAAGUUUGGUUCCCCCGGUGACUCCGUUUGCUUUGGCAAGGAAUGGUAUCGAUUCCCAAGCUCCUAUCAUUUGCCGAAUGACAUGCGUGCGAAGUUCAUAAAGAGCGAGUUUGACGGCUUGCUUCCUGGCGAGUUUUCCGAGGCAGAAACAGGUUUUGGUAUCUGGCCAGGCCCAUGGCUUGUACCCUCCGGUAUGAACGACCAAAAUAUUGAGGAUAUGGGCAAAUACGUCGAUCUGCGGACGUGUCACUUCUUGGUCGACACAUAUUACCCUGGGUCAAACGCUUCACAGCUUGAACCACACUACAUCCUUGAUGUAGAUAAUUGGGAUUCGAUAGCUUGUGAGCGCUUUCUUGAUGCAUCACAGACGCAUGUUCUUGCUCGGAUGAUAUGGGUUCCGGAAUUGUCAAUAAUUCCAGAGAAGUACCAAAGGAAGUGGGGAAGACAUUGUUUAUUGCAGCGCACAAGCAAGAAGUAAAUGGGCAAAUAUGCAUGCUAUGUCGGCUCAAAAGUACAUGUAAAAGUAGUUGUCGUUCGAGAGAUAUUUACAUUAUUUACCUACAUGC